AGCCUCGCUGACACCCCGCCGCCUCCUGCUUCUCCUCUCCCUUCCCCCCUGUCCCUCGGCCAGGCCGGUUGCUGCGGACAGCAGCUCGCUCUUCUGGGCCCCGAACCUGACUUUGCGGCAUCCCCUCCGGCAGCCCCAGAAAGAGUUCUGGCUGCGUCAGCCAAAAUUCCUCCCGGGGACUGUGCUGCAAUGCAGACACCACACCCCGCUGCUACAUACGGCACGGCCGAGGGCUUCCCUCCUCCUCCUCCUCCCAGUUACCCGCGAUGAUUUCGGCUUGCCCGGCGUUCCAGCGGGCGUGAGCGCGGCACCGCCCGUGGCCGCCGCCGGCAGCAGCGCCCGCUGCCCGCAGGGAGCGCCGCCCGCCUGGCUUCGCCUCUCUCCGCUCCGCCAGACCUGCGCCGUACCCAGCCCGGAUGGACGGCCCGGGGGAGCGGACCGUGAAGAUGUCACUGCUGUGUUUGCUCUGCUUGUCGCUUUUCCCGAGUUUUUCCCUGGGCAGAGUCGUCGGCAAGGACGAAGCCGGCUUUGCCGAGUGUAACGUGUUCUUCCCCGGCAGAGUCCCACCGGAAGGAUUCACCGAGCCUUUCCACGUGAAGAUCUGUCAGCAGUACAACGGAGAGCCGCGCUUUGCAACCCUCUACAGCACCAAGGACAAAAUCCCUCUUUAUUCCGCUUUCAAGUACACGGGGGCAGCCCGAAGCGGGGCGGACGAGAGCUGGCUGCUGGAGCCGCAGAUAGAUGAUCCAGAGAAUGACCAGCAUGAGAUGGUGAUUGAAGCUGAUGUUGUUGGCUCUUUGGCCAACCUUGGUGCAAAUCAAGCUCUGACCUCAGACUAUGUGGGCUCUGGUUAUGAACGAGGGCUGCUGAACCCUAGCUUGCUCAACAGGGAAGACUUCCAAAUGGCCACCUAUACAUUGACAAAUGCUGUCCCUCUGCGCCCCUCUCUGAGCAAAAUCUGGCACAGUGACAUCAGGAGGGUGGUGGAGCAAGCUCUGAUCCCUCAUUGUUCCAAGAAGGACCAGCUGUAUCUCCUUGCAGGAGCAAUUCCUUCCACUGUCCGAGUUAAAGGCAAGGUGUCUGUGCCAGAGACCCUCUGGCUGGCAGCGUGCUGUGAUGCUCCAGAGGGAUGGUCUCUAGGACUGGUGAAAAAAGUCAAUGAUGAAAGCAGUUUGGCAGACCUCACAGUGGGAGAGCUGGAGAAGCAGCUCCUAGCAGGGCUUGACUUGUUCAAGGGCAACUGUGGAGAAGACAAUGAAAGCAGUGAGAAAAUGGAAGCAAUACUGCAAGCUGUCAGUCAGAUCCGAGAGCAGGUAGGAGCAAAUGACAAGGAGGAAGCCAAAGACAGUGGCUUGGUGAGGAAAGUGGUUGGCAUAAUUGCUACCCCUUUCAUCAAACUUCUAGAACUCUUCAUCUACCUGCUUGUGGAGCUGGUGAAAUUUAUGUUUUAUUUUCUGUGGCUUGUUAUCAAGCGAGUUGGCAGUACUCUUCUGGAUGGAGUCUACAGCCUGUGGAAUGGAACGGUGUCCUACCUUAAAGCCAUCAGCAUGGUGCUCAUCAGCAUCCCCUAUGAUGUGGGGAGGGUCAUCACCAACAUCUUCUUGGGCUUUCUGGGAAUUAUUCAAGAUGUGGCAGUCAUCACCUAUAGAAUUCUACGCAUCCCCAUGGGCUUUGUCCUUCACCUCGCUUCUUUCCCUUACUACUCCAUCUGUGCCAUUCCCUCUGUUGUCAAAGACAUGGCCACUGGGAUCGGUGGCACCUUCUCGCUGGCCAUUGAUGCCACAGCCUCCAUCCUGCAUGGCUUUUAUUACGUGGUUAGUCACAUAGCCAAGCGGUUUGUCCCUAAGGGCUCCUCUGGUGACUGAUAGGGGUGGAAAUCAAGGCUGCAAAGACAAAAAGUGAAAGAGGAGUGGGAGAAUGCUUUAAGAUAUGUGGCCAAAUGCUGUUGAUUUUGUUCUGGUAUUUAUUGUAAGUGACAUUAAUAAUACGGGAAGUAACAGGGAGGGCCAAGGUAACUUCGCGAGGGGACAUCACCAUUGCAACUCAAGCUCUAUCCGUUUCAAAGUGUUCGGUUUUUAUCAGUGCAGGUCACAAACUUCCUGUGAUUUGCAGACAUCAAGCUGCUUCCUUUGGGAGAUGCUCUCUAAAUGUGGUACAAGGUUGUUUCUUUCCUACUGAGACAACACUGAGACCUGUGCACUGGCAGUGACCUCUGCAGAAGCACAUCCCACUUGGGGCGGAGGUGGUGGUCUGGGGAAAGACUUCAGUUUCUGAAAGAGAAAAGGUGGGCAGAGUGCAAGGGUUAGGGGCAAGAUGGGGAGCAGGAAGGGAAUGGGUCCAAGUUGUGCUGCUGGUUGCAUUGCUGACUGCACUGGAGUCCUGCCAGCAGAGCCUGGGAAGGAAUUUGGCUGGGUGUGUUCCAUAGCUCCCCGGACCAGCUGCCAACUCCUUCCCUUCACCAUACCAAGCUCACUUUCCCCAAACUAUUCCCUGGUGACCAGUCAAGAUCUCAACCCCAAAUUCCUUGCCCUGGCUGGUGGGCUCCAAAACCCAGUAGAGCCAUGUGGGUGAUGCUUUUGGCCUUGAAUCAGCCUGUGUGUCAGUGAGCAGCCUGCCCUGCCUCUGCUCAGAGCUGGUGGUUCAUCCAACACACAGGUGAUCCUUUGUGCCAGAGAUCUCUGCUGGAUUGUGCCCAGGCUGGGGAUUGGUACUGUCCUGGUUAUCCUUCCUAGGCCUAUUGUGAAAGUGCAGCUCAGGUGGCAGGGGGGUUGAAAUUAGAUGAUCUUUGAGGUCCUUUUCAACCCAGGCCAUUCUGUGAUUCUAUGAUUCUAAAAUGAUCCUCUUGUGUUUUCCUGUAGGACUGGUCUGGGUUGGUGGCAGCACUGAUGUACUUACAAGGGGGGCAGGAGGAACACAUGACAGGGGAAGAGCAAGGGAGCACUGUGAAUAAUUUUGCUUCUUUCACAAAUUUUAUGUCUUAAUAGACCUUGUCUGGAAAACAGGUGGAGGUGAGGGAGGCUUGGGGCACAGUAUGCAUUCUGCUAUGUAAAUCUCUGUCCGGUGACUCAUUUAUGAGCAGUGUUCAUGUCAGAAGGAAACCUGUCCCCUCUUCUGCACUCCCUAUCCUCACUGCUCCUGUUUCCUCAGCCCUUAUUCCCAUGGAUGUGACUUUGUGGGAACAAGAGAAGAGGGAAGAUCUAAUCACGCAAAAUCAGCAACAUUUUGACCAAUCCCUCCUUUGUGCUGAAGCUGUCAGUGCAGCGGUGGGCACCAGCGUGGGUGCCCCAGGGUACCUUCAGGGGGCACAUGUGGUGGCACCGAUGUCCAAAUGCAGCUCCAGCUGCCCCCGUAUGCCUCUCUUGUGCCUUAAGCAUGGCCUUAUCUCUAACCUGCUCUCAUAUCCCAGUGCACUGUGGAGUUGGUGUCACCACAUCUCCAUCACUACUGUCACCCAGAGAGGUUAAGGCCAGCCCAUGGGCACGUCUCCAUGCUGCAGCCCUGGUUGCAGAGCAGCCAGUUCCUUCCAUCCAGGAGACGGCAGCACUGUAGGAUUUGGGCAGAUGUGGAGCCAUACUAUUAAAGUUGUCUGAACACGCUCGGAUUCCAACAUGAAGAACCCUGACCAGCACAGGUCAUUUUUCUUCUCUGCUGCAUGUUUGAGCAGGCAGUGGGAAAUCUGCCUGAAACACCCAGUAAUUGUUACAGAACAAGCAACAUCCUGCUGCAGAGUAUUGUUUCAGAUUAUUCUUAUCUGGGCAUGAUUUAUGGCUUGAGAGCUUUACCCUGUCCUUGGAAAUGUAUGGCUUUAACAAAAUAAAAGUUACUUUUGCAAAGAG